CUCGACAACAGCGACAUGCGUGCACCGCUGAGGCGCUUGCCUUUGAACGGUCCACGGGCGUUGGGUCUUCGUCAUUGCUCUACGAGCUCCAAGGCCCCGACGACACCUGCAUCUGAGGCCCAAGCCAACGCAUCCGAACCUCGUCUCCGCUUCGCUCCUUCCCCGACUGGGUUUCUGCACCUCGGCGGUCUCCGCACUGCACUCUUCAACUACCUCCUAGCGCGCAAAUGGGGGGGAAGGCUUCUUCUUCGUAUUGAGGACACAGACCAGUCGCGUUUGGUGCCAGGGGCCGUGGACGCGCUGCGGCGUACCUUCGACUGGGCUGGCAUCGAGUAUGACGAAGGCCCAGGGAUAGGCGGGUACGGUCCAUACGUUCAGAGCGAAAGGCUGGAUCUGUACCGUGAGGCUGCAGAGAAGCUCAUUGAGACGGACAACGCCUACGAGUGCUUUUGCACGCCGGAUGAGCUUGCAGCUAUCCGCGUUUCGUUGGCGAAGAAGGGACGCCUGGGAUAUGACGGGAGGUGUCGGCAUCUUUCCCGAGACGAUGUACGGACACGGAAAGAGGCAGGGCAUCCGUACACGAUUCGUUUCAAGUCCAAGCAGGAGAAAGAGACGCUCCCUGACGAUCUCGUGUUUGGCGCCGCGCAGCCGAACGUCACGGGCACAGGUGCUGACGACUUCAUCAUGAUGAAGACCGACGGGUGGCCGACAUAUCACCUUGCCAGUGUGGUGGACGACCACGCCAUGCGGAUCUCGCACGUGCUGCGAGGGGAGGAGUGGCUGCCAAGCGUGACCAAGCAUCACCAGCUGUACCGCGCAUUUGGAUGGUCGCCACCCGCGUUCGCGCAUCUCCCGCUACUGGUGAAUGCGGAUGGCACGAAACUGUCCAAACGCACCGGCGACGUCCAUGUAGAGCGGUACGCGGAAAGGGGAUACGAGCCAGAAGCGAUGCUGAAUUUCCUCGCAUUGCUGGGGUGGGACUACCAUUCAGCCAAGCGGGAAGGGGCUAUGAAGGAGCUCGAGGAAGUGUUUUCACUUACUGAGCUAGUCGACGCGUUCGACGUGGGAGGUAUCACGCACCGCCGCGCCGCUGUGUCUCUGUCCAAGCUCGACUACAUCAACCGCAUGACUCUGCGGCGGAAGGCUACCUCGCCAGCUCCGAAGGAGGAGGGACGGGCCUCGCUUGUGGCGCGCUUCCACGCUGACUUGCGGGCCGAGCCAACUCUUGCCGCGUCUCCCCUCGUUGAGGACACAGAAUACGUUGGCCGUGUCUUCGACAUGGAGCUCGAGCGUGUCACGAGGCUCAACGAGAUGCCGGACGCCGCCGCGGUUUACUUCCUUGACCCGGACUACGCUGCAGAGGGGCCACGGGCGAUGAAGGCGAAGCUGAAGCAGGACGCUUACACCGACUCCGUGUCGACCGUCAUCGAGCAGCUGGAGGGCAGAGGCGAGCUCACAACUCAGGGCGCAUGGGACGCGAUCCACGCCACGUUUAACAAACUGGCGUACAAGAAGAAGGAGAUCACCAUGAGCCUGCGGCACGCGCUCACCGGCCGUCCACAAGGUCCGACCGUUGCGGAGAUCAUGUCGGUGCUGGGGCGGGAACGGUCACUCGCGCGCCUCCGCACGGCCCUGGCAGAGUAGAUAAUCAUACAUACAUCAUGCACACCAAUUUCCUCUCG